UAAGCUAGAAUUUCCCAGCCAGUCAUUGCACAGCUGCAACUGCUGAAAGAUGCAACAAAUUGUGGCAAAGCUAUGUCUGUCGUUGACACUUUUGCAUGUAAGUCAAACAGAGUGGGUGGAAAUUGCGCAUUCGCAGGCAAAGCAACCACAACGCAGUUCGGAGGACCUUAGCACACCCAGUUCGGUUUGGCUGGAGUAUCAACGUGAGCGUUUUGGGCUUAGCCAAAGUAAUCCUUUGGUGGUCAGCGAUGCAGUUGGGCUCAAGCACAGCACAAAGAUUGUGGUGCCUAAUAAAAGUCAAAGCCAGAUAAUCAACACCAGAACUAAGCUUUUGGUGAAAAGCACCGCACAACCGCCUGUGGACAUAGAAGUGGUAGUUACACCCAAAGUGGAAACCACUUCACGGCGACACUCAACCCAUGAUGCAACUGAAACUGUAGCUGCCCCACAGCCUGAGAAUGGUGAACAUGCUGGUGACUUGCAACUGCCCAGCAUGCAGGGCUUCCUUAAGUUUCUCAAAUCCAUGCAGAGCACUUGGAUAAAAAAGGGUGCACUAAGCAUUGAAAAUAAAAUAAAGUUGCUGACACAAUUGCGCGACAAUCUUGUUAAAGUUAUUGAACAACACUUUGCUGUGCUGUGGCAGCCAGAGCGGCACAGACACAAGCGUGGCAUUUUGGAUGAAUCAAAUCUUGAGUUUCCACCGGAAGCUGCGCUCAUGAGCAUUAAUUUUCUUACGUUUGCUGUUUUCCUUAUCAAGCUUGUGCUGCAAGUUGUGAAAAUUGUCAAAAGUAAACACUAUAGCUUUUCGGGCUUUAAUGUUAACACAGAAGUAAUUCGAAACCCAUCAUAA